CCGGGGUCAGUCAGUCGCUCCCUGUCGCUGCCGGAGAGUCUCUGCUUCCCCCUUCCUACGCGCUCCGCGGCGGUAGCUCGGGCUCUCCGGAGGAGGGGGCGACAGAGAAAAAGAGAGGCUGACUUAAUAAAGUUUCCUGAAACAACAACUACCACCGAAAAGGCCCAAGGUGGGGGGAGACCCCCCAUUCUUCUCCGCCCCUCUCCUAAAGCCUGAGGGACCGUUGCAGGUGGAGCGGCGCUGGUGGGACCCGGGUUGCGGCGGCAGCCGUUGCCCAGGCGAGGGGAGCCUCAGGUCCUGCCCGCUCCGGUUCCGGCUCCUUCGGUGGUGGCGGCGGCGGCUGCUGCCGGGCGGUUCCUCCUGUCAACUGCCUCCGCCCGCGCGCCUCCCGCCUAGCCACACAGCGCGGAGGACGCCGUGAGCCGCCGCCGCAGUCGCCUCGGCCCGCGGAGGGACGUGGUGAGCUGUGGCGCUUCCGCGUCAGCGCUGGUGGGGACUCUUUGGGAGCGCGUCGGGCCCGAGUGCCGGUUCCCUCGCGUGGUCAGCGGAGGCUGCGCCAGGUGGGGCCCGCAGCCGCCUCCCACGCCAGGCUGUCCCCGCGGCCGCCCGGCCUGCCUUCCUUCCUUCCGCCCGCCCGCUGGCCCGCCCUAGGAGUUGACCACGCCGCAAUGAAGAGCUUCUUACAGUGAAAGCAAAGUAGGUCGAGUCCACUGAAAAUGCCUUUAAGGGACAAAUACUGUCAGACUGACCACCAUCAUCACGGAUGCUGUGAACCAGUUUAUAUCCUGGAACCUGGAGAUCCUCCUUUGUUACAGCAACCACUACAGACAUCCAAAUCUGGUAUUCAACAAAUAAUUGAGUGCUUUCGAUCAGGAACUAAACAACUUAAGCAUAUUUUAUUAAAAGAUGUGGACACUAUUUUUGAAUGUAAGUUAUGCCGCAGUCUCUUCAGAGGAUUACCAAAUUUAAUUACCCAUAAAAAAUUCUACUGCCCACCAAGUCUCCAGAUGGAUGACAACCUUCCUGAUGUAAAUGAUAAACAAAGCCAAGCCAUAAAUGAUCUCCUAGAAGCCAUAUAUCCAAGUGUGGACAAACGAGAAUAUAUUAUUAAGCUAGAACCCAUAGAAACUAAUCAAAAUGCAGUGUUUCAAUAUAUUUCGAGGACCGAUAAUCCUGUUGAAGUCACAGAGUCAAGCAGUACUCCUGAACAAACCGAAGUUCAAAUACAGGAAACUAGCACUGAACAGUCAAAAACAGUACCGGUUACAGAUACAGAGGUGGAAACUGUAGAGCCCCCUCCUGUUGAGAUUGUUACAGAUGAAGUUGCACCUACAUCUGAUGAACAACCUCAGGAGUCGCAGGCUGACUUGGAAACUUCUGACAAUUCUGAUUUUGGUCACCAGUUGAUAUGUUGUCUUUGUAGAAAAGAAUUCAAUUCUAGACGAGGUGUUCGCCGUCACAUUCGAAAAGUACACAAGAAAAAGAUGGAAGAACUAAAAAAGUACAUUGAAACACGAAAGAACCCAAACCAAUCCUCUAAAGGACGCAGUAAGAAUGUUCUAGUUCCAUUAAGUAGGAGUUGUCCAGUAUGUUGUAAAUCAUUCGCUACAAAAGCGAAUGUAAGGAGGCAUUUUGAUGAAGUUCAUAGAGGACUAAGGAGGGAUUCAAUUACUCCUGAUAUAGCAACAAAGCCUGGGCAACCUUUGUUCCUGGAUUCUAUUUCUCCUAAAAAAUCUUUUAAGACUCGAAAACAAAAGUCGUCUUCAAAGGCUGAAUACAAUCUAACUGCAUGCAAAUGCCUCCUUUGCAAGAGGAAAUAUAGUUCACAAAUAAUGCUUAAAAGACAUAUGCAAAUUGUCCACAAGAUAACUCUUUCUGGAACAAACUCUAAAAGAGAAAAAGGCCCUAAUAAUACUGCCAACAGUUCAGAAAUAAAAGUUAAAGUUGAACCAGCAGAUUCUGUAGAAUCUUCACCCCCUUCCAUUACCCAUUCUCCACAGAAUGAAUUAAAGGGAACAAAUCAUUCAAAUGAAAAAAAGAACACACCGGCAGCACAGAAAAAUAAAGUUAAACAAGACUCUGAAAGCCCUAAAUCAACUAGUCCGUCGGCUGCAGGUGGCCAGCAAAAAACCAGGAAACCAAAACUUUCAGCUGGCUUUGACUUUAAGCAACUUUACUGUAAACUUUGUAAACGUCAGUUUACUUCCAAACAGAACUUGACUAAACACAUCGAGUUGCACACAGAUGGAAAUAACAUUUAUGUUAAAUUCUACAAGUGUCCUCUUUGCACUUAUGAAACUCGUCGGAAGCGUGAUGUGAUACGACAUAUAACUGUGGUUCAUAAAAAGUCAUCUCGUUAUCUUGGGAAAAUAACAGCCAGUUUAGAGAUCAGAGCUAUAAAAAAGCCUAUUGAUUUUGUUCUAAAUAAAGUGGCAAAAAGAGGCCCUUCGAGGGACGAAGGAAAACAUAGUGAUUCAAAACAUGAUGGCACUUCUAACUCUCCUAGUAAAAAGUAUGAAGUAGCUGACGUCGGUAUUGAAGUAAAAGUCACAAAAAACUUUUCUCUUCACAGAUGCAAUAAAUGUGGAAAGGCAUUUGCCAAAAAGACUUAUCUUGAACAUCAUAAGAAAACUCAUAAGGCAAAUGCUUCCAAUUCACCUGAAGGAAACAAAACCAAAGGCCGAAGUACAAGAUCUAAGGCUCUUGUCUGGAUGAAGUACAUAGUGGUGUAAUCCUAGUUGACUGCAGCCUCGAACUCCUGGGCUCAGGUGAUUCUCCUUCCUCAGCUUCCUGAGUACCUGGGAUACAAGCCUGUACCACCACACCUUGCUAAUUUUUAUUAUUUAUUUUUUGUAGAGAUGAGGUCUCUCUAUGUUGCUCAGGCUGGUGUCGAAUCCUGGCCUCAAGCAAUCCUCCUGACGUGGCUUCAUAAAGCGAUGGGAUUACAGGCAUGCACCACCACACCUGGCCUUAGAGUGAUUUUUCUUAAGUGCAAAUUCAUGCUCUUUUUUCUAAGGCCUCAGCUUGGAAUGUCCUCUUGUAUUACCCACCUCUCUUCUUUCAGGACUCAUCUCUUAGGAACCUUCCCUGUCUCUCCAAGGCAGCUGAGUACCCUUCAGUAUACUCAUCCUACCCUCUCCCUCUCCUGUUGUGGCAGUUAGUACCAUGUUUUGUAACUACCUGUUUAUUUGGGUCUCCCCAACUAGACUGAAAAAGGCGCUUGAAGGCAGGGCUGUGUCCUUGUGUCCUGAGUGCUGAGCACAGUACUGAGUACACAGUUUGUGACCUAUAGAAUUUGUGGAGGGAAUGCAUUUUGGAUGGAGGCUGUUGGUUAAGUGACCUGCAAAACUGCUCCAGUGUCAUGCCAGGAUCAGUCUUCUUUGCUCAUUAUUGAUGAGAAGCAACGCUAACUUAUGUCUUUAUUCCUAACUGAAUUAUACUCCAAGUACACAUUUGCACGCUUCAUUACAUGCCUGUAGUGAUAUCAGUGACACUGAUAAAGUAUUUUUUCAUAUUUUAGUUCUCAUGUUUUUGACUAUUUUAACUUUGUUGUUGAUUGAAUUGAGUAUUUGAGUUGCUGUUAGUAUAAAUAAAGUUUCCAUCUUGGAUGACCUACCAUGUUAAUAAAAAAAAAAAACCACAAGUAAUAUUAUGUGCUAGUGAUACCUUGUGAUUUCAAAUGUAUUUUGUUCCAGCAAAGAACCAGUUUGGGUCUCUCUGGAGAAGGGCAUACAUCUGAGUUGACCUCAACUUUUCUGUAGGAGAGAUUAUUGAAUCUCCUAUAAAGGAUUAUAUGUAAAUAUAUAAAUUAAAAUUUGUCUGUUUUACAAAAUAGAGUGUCUGAAACAAGAAUACAUAAAAUGUUAUUUUCAAUGUACUAGAGUAGAGGAGUUUGAUAUUUAAAGGAGUUCUGUACUUUGGUAAAGCCAAAAUUCCUUUGAUUACACUAGUGGUUGGUUAUUUAAUCAGGAUGUGAAUUCAAAUUGCCUGCAAAAUUUUGAAAAAAUGCAGAUGUCUGGCUGACUCCACAUCUAUCGGAUUGCAAUUUCUAGUGGUAGUGUCCAAGCUCCUAUAUAUUUUGUUGUACCAACUACCUGGGUAAUUUGAUGGGUUUUCAGAACUACUCAACUAUAUAAACCAAAGAACCUCAAACCUUAACAUAUAUAUGAUCAUGUGGGACCUUGUUAAAAUGCAGAUUCUGAGUCAGGAGCUCUGGGUGUGACCUGAGAUUUUCCAGUUCCAGCGAGCUCCAUGUGAUGUCCGUGCUGAUGGUGUGCAAUCCACACUUUGAACAAUAAGGCUAUAAAUAAUAACCAUCUACAUUUUAAAAGAUUUCCUUUUUUUUUUUUCAUUUAAGUGUGGUGUAUCUGCUCCUACUCUUGCUUAUUCUAUAAGAGAAGUGUAAUGGGCUUUAGAUCCAGUCUAAAAUAGUUUUGUUUUGGAUAUUGUCUUCCAUUAAAGUUUCAGUAUGCAGAGGAUGAAACUUUGUCCUUCGUUUUUUCCAAUGACCAUCAGAUAAAUGAUAAACAUGAAUCUAAAAGUAAUUUCUCAUUUCCGAUCCUCCUGUCAGCUAUGGUCCUUUGAGGUUAAAUAAAAGACAAGUAGAGGAAGUAAGUCAUCUGUUCAGAGACUCUGUUGCCUCUUAAAAAUAACACUCAACUCUGAAGAUUACACAUGCUUAAUUUUCAUUAUGAUAUUGUUAGGACUAGGUGUGUUUAUUGUUUUUAAGGCAUUGACUGACAAUUUUGUUUUUGAAUAAGUUCUAUUUUAAAAAUAACUUUAAUUUCUUUACUUAAAAAUAUUUUGCUUUCAGGUCCUCUUUGUUAGAAUUUUAAUUUGGUAUGUUCCAUACAGAGGUGGAAAUAGUGUUAUAGCUUUUAAAUAACUAAAUUAACUUUGUUGGUAAGAAUUAAAAAUAACCCAAACUUUACUGGGUUGAUCAUAGGAAGCUGAAGGGAUGCUGGGGUUAUGAUCUGUGACAGGAGAUUUACUGACGUGACUGUAGUUGAUUUGGGGGCUGUGGGGUGGUGACAGCUAGCUUUGUUUACAUGCUACUGAUGUGUAGAUGGUGUCCUAGGUAUGCAGGCAAACAGGUAUUUGCUAGUUUGAAUUAACCCAAAUUCCUUUUAGUCUCUUGAGUAAUGCAAGCCUUUGUAUUACGUGUUAAUUAAAGAGUUCAUUACUUGUAAGACUAGUUGUGUUUGAAGUGAGGUAUUUGCCUUUUAAAGGUUGAAGAUUUCAACUUAGCACACUUUAUUGAAUAGAAGAUGAAAGAAAUUAUUUAAAAAUAUGAUCGGGGACAGAUUAGUAAUAAUAAGCAAAUUAAAUUAAACAAUUUUUUUGGCAGAGCUUGUUCAGUGUCAAAAGUUAAAGCAUUCCGUGAGUAUUCUUCAGAUUUCACUGUCUUACAUUGACUUAUUUCAUUCAGUCAGUAAACAAGUAAGCUCCUGCUUCGUGCGAGGCACUGAGUCAGGUACAGAGAUAAGCAAUGCAGUUCCUUUUUAAGUAUGAUGGAAGAGGAAUACAUUAUAAGGACACAGAAGUGGAAUAUUAAGGCACACUGAGGAGUUAGGAAAGACUUAUAAUUCCUAAAUUUAUUCUUGAGUUUUGAAAGAGAUAGGCAGAAGAAGUUUCCAUGUAGGUACAGAGACAUGAAAUCACAUGUAGAUUAAGGGAAGGAGUAUGAGACAGGGAAAUGGCCAAAUCAAGAAGGCUUUUAUGUACCAAGUAAAUAGUUUGAACUAUAUUUCAAAAUUAGGAGUACCGUUGAAGGAUUAUAAACAGGGACAUAUAAUAGUACCAAGGGGACGGAAUUGGAGUGGAGGUGGGGAUGUGGGAUUGUGUGAGGGAAAUAAAUUAGGAGACUAUUUCAGAAGUCUAAGUAAGAGUGAUAGGAUGUAAAUUCAGGUUUUGGCAAUGAGACUACAGAAAAGGAUACAGGUGAAAUAAUUAUUUCAGAAAUGAAAUUUUCCAGGUAGUGGAGACGAAGAACGAAUGUAGUAUGAUUCAGUUUCAGGCACUCUAGUUGAGCAGGUGGGUGGCACCAUUCUUCAAGGCAAAGAAUACAGGAGGAAGAAGAACACUUUUCCAGGGGGAAAUGCUGAAUUAAAUUUUAGAUAUGUUGAGUUUGAGGUGGUAGAGGGGUAUCUAAUUGGAGAUGCUUAACAGGAGUAGAAUAUACAGGUUAGAGGGCAGGAGAGAAAUUGCCCAGGGGCUAGAGAUUUAGAAGUCAUUAGUGUUCAUGUAGUUGUUGAAGCCAUAGACUUUGAAGGGAUUACCAGGAAGAAUAAAUAGAAUCAACGUAUUAUACUACUACAUGGAUUCUUUUCAUUUAUUAUGUAAUUUAUGAUAAUACCUACCUAUUUCAGUUUUUCAUUUGGGAGCAGGUAUUUGGCUAGCUCUGAUUCUGUCUCUUGUCUCUCUCUGUGUUACCCCCACCCCCAUAUAAAAUAUGUAAUAUAACAUGUAUUUGAUUUUACUCUGAGAAGUGCUGAAUAAUUAAAUUGUAAUACUAUUAGGCAAUAUGAAUUAAUUUAUGUGUUGUAUUCAGAGAGGUUUUAAGAUAAAAUCUGUAAGACCUAUUUUAAAAGAUUAUUUCUUGAAAAAGGAAAAAUCUUAUUUUAAAAAAUAAAGCAAUUUAUUAGUGUUCUUGAACUAAAUAAGAUUUAUUUGUUGAGUCCCAUAGCUUUGAUCUGUCCAGGAAUUUUCAUGAUUUACUCCCCAUGCCUCUGAUCUAGGCAGGUACUACGUCUGUGUGCCUAAUCUAGUCAAGGAAACUAGGAGAAAGCCAUCUGGCUGAUAAGAUCCUGAUAGAAUUUGACAUAAUCCGUAUGAGAAACUUAAGUAAUUUAGUAUCCAUAGCCAGAGUCUAAGGGAAUAAAGGUACUAUUAAAGGUUGAACAAAUGACUUAAAUAUAUUAAUUAUACUUUGUAAAGCUGCACUUUUUGGAGUGGUGAAUAUUUAAUGAAAUGUAGAUCCUACGUUGUCAUCCUGUGGCCCUCACUGGUUUUUCUCUUUUCCACCUCCUUUCUGGAGGAAGAACCUAAUGAUAAAACUGUUUCUGAUCUUGCCAUCUAGAAAACACUAGUAUAAAGUGGAAAUUUGUGUCUCCUUAAAAGUGAAAUGAAGCAGCCUAUUUACCACCACGUACCCCCAGGCCAGUGGGUACUUAUGAGGGUAUGCAAGAUGACUUUUCAGAAAUCAGCCCUGCUUGGGAUCGAAACCGUUGAUUUAAUAAAGAAAGCAUAGGUCUGUAUACCACUCAAGAUGCCAUUGGUCUGUAUCCAACUUUUUUGGCAUUAACUUUUAAAAUAUGCCUUUAAAGGAAAGAAUUCCCAGGAGACUUUGUCAAGUUUCAAUAUAGUAAAUUUUAUGGCUGAGUUAUAACUCCUAAAAACUGAAGUCAAUAGUAGAAACGACAGACCUGAAUUAGAAGAGGAUAGCUAUAAUAAAAGAAUUUUUGUUAUUCCUUUAUGAUCUAGAAUUAAAAAAACACACAUUUUUAAGUUUUUUGUUUUAAUGCUUUGAAAAUGGUUUCUCUUUCUUGUUAUUUAUACUUUAAUCAAUGAUGGGUAUUAGCAUUAAAGCCUAAUAUCCACAUCAAAUAAUACAAGGCACACUGCUGUAACACACAAUUAUAUUAACCAUAAACUUUUACCUGUUUCCAGUCUCUCUUUUUUUGUUUAAACAUGUUUUUUUUUUUUUCCUGGCAAGCCUCUAUAUUCUCAUUCACACCCCAGUAAAUCACUAAGAGAUUAUUGAUGAAGAUAUGUGUAUUUGGGUGUUUAAAGGAUUGUAACAAAAAUCAAAAGUAGAAUAGAAUUUUAGAAUAUAUGCUUUCUGCAUUGAGGACUUCAUUUGCUUUAUAGCCUUCUUUAUAUUUGUUGAUAUUCUUUCUUGCCCUAUGCCAACAUUUUAGAAAUACAUUUUUAGAAAUUUCUUACAAGAUUUAUCAGUGUGCUACCAAUAACAUCUCUCUCUCUCUCACACACACACACACACACACACAACUUUUUAUCUAUGUAAUAACAAAUAUCUUGAAUUUAUAGUGUGUAUUUUGCCAGAAGUUAAGUGGUUAUACAUCAUUGCUUUAGCUUUACAAAAUCACUAGAUCACUGACAGAUGGUUCUUUUGGUUUAUUUUGUUUCGACAUUUUUUCAUGUAGUUAAAACCCACAGCACUCAAUUUCAUCACCCAGGCCCAAUUCACAAACUUAAUCAAUGGCAAAGUAAAACUGGCACCUCUUGAUUUCCUGGUUUAUGUUUUUUGGGUGGAGCUGAUUCCUGAGUAUGAAAAUUGUGUUAGGAAAUAAUAUUAGGUACCUGCAAGAAAAUACUGAAAGAUGGUUACCAAACAUCCUGUGUAAGUGUGAUUUUCUCAUACCUCAAGGCCCUGCCUAUUAAGAAGUUGGAUCUAGAUGUGUGUUGAUCUUGCCUAGUCAGCCAGUUUUGAUAUAUUACUAGCAUGUCAUCAUUCCUAUGUAGUACUCUAUAAAGAAAAUUUGGCAACCCAACAUUUGAAUAAUAAUUUUUAAUAUUUUUAGCCAAGUUACUAUUUAGAAUCAAACUAUGUCUAAAACUAAAUUCAUCACCCUGUUAUCUACGAUUACUGCUCCCAUCCUACUAGAACUGACUCUCCUUGCUUGAAUUCUUCAUUUUAUCAAUGCUACCACCACCACUUUGCUUAUUACGUAGACUUCAAAGUCUUAUUUCUUCUAUGAAUCUGUUUUUGACAGUUCCAACUCAUGGAGACCUCUUCUGAUAAACUCACAUUUACCUUACCAUUUAUUUUUCACUUCUGUCCUUUGUGUUAUUAUUGCAUUAUUAAUUACAUUGCCCCCCAUGAUUAGACUAAGCCCUUUGAGACCCAAGGCUAGCAGUUUUACCCUGCAGCAUAUAGAAUUAUGAAAGAAUGGAUCACCAGGCCUGUCCCCAUUCUCCCUGUCCUGUAAGGUAUCAAUAAGUUUUUAUUUCUUUUUUGUAGUGUCUUCUUCAUGUCCUAUUUUUCCUGGUCUAAGCUUUCUAUUGCUCUACUCUUGGGCUUCUCUGGUUCUUUUAGUAUCUUCUGUUUAUAAAGAUUAUGGAUGAUUUUUAGAAGAUUCUUGGGAUAAUUUUUUGGAGAUAUAUGGGUGAUUUUCAGCUUUUUCUUAUCUCAGUUUCAAUUUUGAAACUCUACCACAAAAAUUCUAUCUCUUUAUACUUACAUUUAAUAUUUAAUCAAUAAUUGAAAUGUUUUGAGAGUGUGUAUCUCAGAAGCAAUAGUUUGGAUAUGUUAAAAAGGUGGGUUAACCACACUUUUACUUUCAAUACAGAAUAAAAAGACAGAAGAGUAAGUCAUUGCAAAUUAAGGCUAAUAGUUAUUUUAUUUCACCACCUGAUAUUUUGUAUAUAUCUUCGAUUGAGCCAUAAUUCUGUUGAGUUGUACAUGGAGAAUCUAGAGAUUUAGUAUUUUAAAAUGGAGAAAAUUGAGGUAAGUGAUUGCACAAGGUCAAAUGUGUAGCUGAUGAAGAAGUCAGGAAUAGAAGCCAGCUAUCUCUUAAGGUUAUUUUAAUAUGUAAUAACAUGUUUUUAAAAAGUACAAAAAGGUAUACUGUGAAAGGUAAGUUUUUUCCCUACCCCAUCUCUCAGUUCUUCCAUUACCUUCCCCAGAGGCAAGAAGUUACCAAUUUCUUGGACUUUCAAGAGCUAUUUCAUGUAUGUACAAUCAAGGAAAUGUAUACAUUGUCCUUCACACAGAUGGUAGCAUAUUAUGCAUACCUUUCUGCACCUUGCCUUUUUUUACUUAACAAUGUCUGAAAAUUGUAGAGCCCAGGAUUUUUUUGUUCCUUGGUCCAUGAACUUUGCAUUUUGCUAUACUGCCUAUUAUUAUUAAACAACUGUUUUUUGUUAAUAUGAAUGGACAGAGUAUUAAAUUAUUAUUAAUGUCUAGCAUAUUGAGUACCUCACGUGCAACAUGAUGUAGUAUUUCACAUUUCUUUCAGGAAGAGAGGGUCAGUGAUUUAUUUUAUGAUAAAUAAUGUUGAAAGUUAAAAAACAAUAAGGGAAAUUUAUAAAUAGCUGUUAUUGCUGGUUACCAAAAAUAGCUAAUUGUAUAUUUACUUUUCCAUUUGAGAAAGAAUUGGCAGAUGAAGUUUUCAGGGAAAUCAUUUACCUUCAGACUUGUGUAAAAAUUUGUACUGUAUGUACAAACAGUUUAUCUCAAGGCCAGUGAGAAGCAAUGAUGUUAAAAUGUCAAACCACAAAUGUUUGUUUCAUUUUCUAAAUUUUAAAAUCUCCAACCUCAAAUGCAUAUCACAGAAAUAGUUUUUCAUUUGUUUCUCAAAACAGCUUGUAACUAUAUAUUUUUAUCUUGAUAUGAUUCAUGAUCAUCUAUAUAAAAAUACACCAUUAAUUUUGAUCAUUCUGGGUUAUUUUUUUGGCCAGCUUAUCUAUCAGUGCAAUUAUUGCUUUAAUUUUCAGAGAAAAAUAGAGCCUGUCAGAACUGUUUGAUUUUAGAUCUUAUGGACCAAAUUGUAUCACAAAAGACAAAUCCAUUAAAAAUGUGUCCCAUGCCAAAUGUCCAUGAUAAGAUUCAUAGAGGUUGAGUACUUAUAUUUGAACUUCAUGUUAGAUAAUUAGUCAGUAAUUCUGCUUUCUUCCUAAAGAUGGCAGGCCUUCUCAAUGUAUUAUCUACUUGGUAAUUCUGUUUGAAAAUACUAUUAGACUCCAACCAUUGUUGAUUGGAAAAAAAGUUAAUCAGACUAAAAAUAUAUUUUCGUAACACCAUCAUCAUAGUUAAAAUUCAGUAGUUGAACAAGUAAGAUCGUAUUCUUGAUGUUCAUAGCUUUAGCACAGCUUUUACGUGUGUUAUCCUCAACCCUGAACACAGGGUCCUAAGGGUUCUUACUGCAUUCUGACUUUGGAAUUCUUGAUGUAAGAUAAUGAACAAAAAGUCUUGUCAAGAAUUGUGAUAAGUCAUGUUAGGAUCCUGCCAUAUUUAUAAGUUUCUCUCCUAUGGAGAUGAUGUCAGAAAACAAAAACUGGCCAACAAAACAUCCCAAAAGGAAACAACACCCCUAAGUAAUGAUGUAUUGCAUAUAUUUGUGGACAUCUGAAAUAUUUUUAUAUUUAUUCUUUGGUAAAAGUUUAUAUGUCCAAGUUCUACUUGAACUUUUUCUUUUUGCUUAGGUGACUGAUUCUUUUAAUAAGCAAAAUAAGUACUUACCGGUGCCAUUGGAAAAAAAACCCACUUUGGCCUUAUCUGCUGUAAAAACUAAGCUCACAAGGUAGCGCUCUAGAGCAAGGAAAAACACUAUAUUUUGUUCCUCCUUUUCUCAUUAUUUCCAUUUCUAAUUAAAAUGGUUAUUGUGUGUGUGUGUGUGUGUGUGUGUGUGUGUAAUCAUGUGGGAUUUUGCUGUUUAAAGAAGGUGGACAGCAGGACAGAGGGCAGGCUGGCCUCCCUGCCAGGCCUCACAGGAACUUUGAUGUGGCCACCGCUUUCUAAGGCUGACCCUGAUUAUUGGUUCAUCCAGAGAAGUAACUAGGUAUUAGAAGACUGCAUCACUUUAACCGGCUUCAUAGUAGUGUAUAAAUACCACAAUUCAGUUCUUUAAUUUGUGAUGGGAACUGUCAGGCACAGUCGUUUCUCAUGUUUAUGGUUCAGUGCAUUUUCUCCCAAUAGGCAAAUCUACGUGGAAAAAUAAAUUAUAAUCAGAAGGUUGCUUAGUGAGCAUUGAAUCAGCUCUCAGCAACCAGUGUCAGUAAGCUCUGGUAGUGCAACACACUCAUCUUCCCCAUAGGAAAGCAACUGCCACUCAGACCAGAUAUUGUUUAAUAUGCAGAGCAUCCUUUCUACUAGACCAGGCUGCAGAUGCAUGGCCAACUUUUGCUUUCUUCAUUUCUUUUCUUACAGAGGUAUUAUACUUUCUCUUUUUGAUACUUUUUUCUAUUAGAAUUUAAUGCAGUUGAGCUGAUUAAUAUAUGUAAAACACUUAGCCCAAUUCCUGGUAUACAGUAAGUACAUGAUAACUAUUAUGAAUAAGCAUAACUGGUUUUGAGUCCAAGUCAUCUUGUUACUUGUAAUAUCAAAGACAGUCUUUUGGGCCAUUUUUAUAGAUGAGUGUGAUCCAUCUUUUACAUUUUGUUAUUUUCAUCCUUUAAUUCUUUUCAUUUAAUUCUUCAAUUUUAUUUAUCCUUAAUGUUGAAUCCAUGAGCUAAUUAGGACAAUGCCUUUGACUGUAUGUGAUCUUGCUAUUGUUUUAACUUUAAGAUUUUUAUUCUUUUAAAUUUCAGUUUCUUGCUCUGAAAUACCCCAUUCUCCACAUUUCCCCCACCUGUAAUGUGAAUCUGUUGGAAGAGAUGAUCUUGAAGUUGCUGCUCAGUUCCAGAAUACAUUUGAUUUUACAUCUUAUUUGAGUAUAUGAUGUCAGUUGUAGCCAUUCCAUCUAACUGUGCUUGCCUUCAUUUUAAGCUCUGCUUAAAUUCUUUCUCAUAGAGUGUGAAGUUAUUUUGAAAAUGGUAGCAACAUCUGAAUCCUUAGAAGGAUGGCCAUGGCACUGGGAGGUUGUGAUUGAAAAGUCCAUGGGUAAAUGUAGGAUUUCAGCAGUCAGCAAUGAAACUACAGACCUGACAGAUACACAACUGACAAAUCAAAACAUUUGUGUGAAAAUGAGUACAGAAAGGAAUGAUUCAGAUGAGUCAGUUGGUCACCCCAGCAAAAAUAAUCAUUGUCAGUCUUCUCUCCAUCCAUCUGGGAAGUGAGUUAUUCUUUUAAGAGUCGCAAAGAAGAUUCAGGAAAACAGGAAAAAUUACCACAGCUCUUUCUGGUGCUUGUAAAAAUACAUAUUAUGGUGCAUUUUUAAAGGUGGUCUCAGAACCACAUUUUGAGAACUGUCAAAGAUAGGAACCAUUGUCAGAGUUCAGAAGAGAGAUAGAUCAUUUCAGGCUGCAGUAGUCAGGGAAAGCUUAAUGAAAGAGACUGGCUUUGAUCUAGGUCUUGAGAGAUGGACAGGAUUUGAAUAGUUGAGAGCAGGGAGAAAACAUUUUUCCAUGGGUGAAAUGCCAAGAACAAAAGUACAGAGGUGGGAAACAAUAGUGUAAGGGGAGUGUGGAAUCAAAUAGUUUGACUCAAAGGUUCUUAAAUGUGGUCCAUGGAAGAAAAUUGAGGCCCUACUUCUGUCAAAUGACAUCACUUACUUCAGACUUGGAAGAAAUGGGCAGCUCUGCAUAUUUCCUUCAGCAUGCAACCGGAUGAAACUGUUGAUGCCUCUCAGUGCAUCCAGCUUCACAUUUUCAUGUGCUUGCUGAUGUCAUCAAAGGAGAACUCCAUUUUAGAACACCUUUUGGAAACUGGAAAGACUGUCAACAUCUUCAAAAUAUUCAUUUUCAAUAAAUAUUCAAAUGGAAGAAGAAAAAUUGCACUCUGGGGGCAGCUGGUGCACCUGUGAUGUCAGGAACACAGCAUGGUAUUCCUGCUUGAUGAGGAAAGGAUUGCUGCACGUCAUUGUGCCUCGGUGCUUUCCAUAUCAGCAGCUGUUACCACCUUUCCAAAAGGUGUUGCCAAGAAACAGGAGCAGGGUAAGAUGUUUUUCUCUAACCAGACAGAAAUCUGCUGACUUUCCAGAAGUCUAAUUGAACUUGAAGGCAGAGGAAAUAAUGUGACUUGAAUCUAACUUGAAAGUCUUGGAGGAAUUUGGUGUUACACUAUGCAGGCCACCUUAACCUGGCAAAUUCCAUUCUAUGCAAUUCUGCUUUCGUUCUAUUAAAUACCUACCUUUGUGAGUCAAGGAUUUCAGCACUUGUUGCCAUAGGGAAAAAGUUGUAAUGGAUUAUCAAAGAUGAAGUAUAUGUUGCUAUGUCAAAAGCCAAAGCACAGUUUCAACUCAUUUAAACUAGAUCUCAUUGAGAUGUACUACUGAACAGUCAGAAUUUUCUAAAUUUUUUUUCCAGGAAACAGUCAUUUUCCUUUCAAAAGAGAAAGGAGGCAUAAUCCUUUAUAAAUAUUGCUUAUGUUCAGGAAAUCAGCUUCCAGUGCAGUGAAAUGAAGUAAAUGGUGUAUGCAUUUCUGCGCAUGUUUCUGGAGGAGGAAGUCCAUAUCUUUAGUCAGAAUUUCUAUUGAUUUAGCUAUUGUGGAGGCAGUGGGUUGCUCUGGAUAAAUCUGAGCAAAGGAAUGAGAGGAAAUCAGCUCAUUUGAAGAAUAUGGGAUGCGAAGCUUUGACAUGACAAUGGCAAGUAAUUUAGGGAUUCAGGUUAUCCCCCGCAUCUGAGUAAUCUGAAGGUAAUUUUCUAGCUAGAGCUUCUCAAAGGUAGGAACCUUGUGUUAUCUUUUUUGUUUAUACUGUCUGAGCACAGUGCAGGAGACAUAAUAGGGACUCCAAAAAUGUUGAGUUAAAUUGAAAUCACUGUAUGGAUAGUGAAAGCUGGACUGUAGCACCAAUAAUAAAUGCUCUUCUGUCUUAUUUGUAUUUAACACUGUUUGGUUACAUCAUUUGGGGAAUACUAAGGGUUUUGAGAGAAAAUGUUUUAUUAAAAGCUCCUAUAACCUUCAUUUUAUUCAGGAGCAGUUGGUUAACACAAACUUUUGGACUUCAGAGGAUUUGUUCUCUUUGGACAUUUUAUUUAUUUCUGAUAAUUUUUACCAAAAGUAUGCUUCCAAUAAUUGUAUCCAGUGCCCUCAGGGUGAAGGAAACUUACAGGAUGGUGUGAUUACUUAUGUCAUCUGUUUAAGCAACAAAGCAACAUUCCAAUAAACAUCUAAUCUUG